AUUGUCCAAUUCCGAUUUCGCCGGAACAAGAAUCCCCAGCUCUAUACAAGUCCGUUCCCCAAUUGUUCCGAAGAACCAUGUACUAGUUUCCUUCUUCGCGGGAAGAUGAAGCAGGCCGGCACGCCGUGCAUUCCAGGUUUGAUUACCCUCCUGUUCUUGGGUCCAUUCUGCAGAUCCGAUGACCGGCUGUCACCUGCAAAGCCGCUCUCCGCCGGCGACACGAUCGUCUCCAAGGGCGGGGACUUUGCGCUCGGCUUCUUCUCCCCGGACAGCUCCAACGCGAGCCUGUACCUUGGCAUAUGGUACCACAACAUGCCCGGCCGCACCGUCGUAUGGACUGCCAACCGCAAUGAUCCUAUCGCAGCCGCUUCGUCUCCGACGCUCGCCAUCACCAACAGCUCCGACCUGGUGCUGUCGGACUCACAAGGUCGCACUCCUUGGGCGGUCAAGAACAACAUCACAGGCGUUGGAGUUGCUGCGGUGCUGCUUGACACGGGGAACUUUGUCCUCCUCUCUCCAAAUGGCACAUCCAUAUGGCAGAGCUUUGAUCACCCGACAGACACCAUUCUACCCGGUACAAGGAUCUCUCUGAGCGAGAAGGCUCAUGCCGUCAGACUCCUAAUUGCUUGGAAGGGCCCCAUUGACCCAUCCAAUGGAGAUUUUUCUGUGGGCCUCGACCCCAGCUCGAACCUUCAGUUAGUCAUUUGGAACAGGACUGCGCCCUACAUUCGCCUCAGCAUGCUCAGCGACGCGUCAGUAUCUGGUGGCAUAUUAUACCAGAACACUAUCUUCUAUGAAUCCAUUGUCGGAACAAGGGACGGGUUCUACUAUGAAUUCUCUGUUUCUGGUGGCUCACAGUAUGCACGCCUCAUGCUCGACUACAUGGGUGUGCUAAGGAUUCUUAGCUGGAACAACCACUCAUCUUGGACAACCGCCGCCUCCCGCCCCGCUAGCAGCUGCGAGCCCUAUGCUUCAUGUGGCCCGUUUGGCUAUUGCGACAACAUCGGGGCUGCCGCGACAUGCCGUUGUCUUGAUGGGUUUGAACCCGCUGGUCUGAACAUUUCAGGCGGGUGUAGAAGAACCAAGACACUGAAAUGUGGCAAGCGAAGUCAUUUCGUGACCUUGCCUAAGAUGAAGUUACCUGACAAGUUUUUACAUGUCCUCAACACAAGCUUUGACGAAUGCACGACCGAGUGCAGCAACAAUUGCUCGUGUACAGCCUACGCUUACACCAACCUGAGCAGUAAUGGUGCUAUGGCCUUCCAGUCAAGGUGCUUGCUUUGGACCGAGGAUCUUGUCGACACAGGGAAGUAUGGCAAUUAUGAUGAGAACCUGUACCUUCGGCUUGCCAACUCUCCUGUUCGAAAUAAUAGCAAAUUGGUCAAAAUUGUACUCCCAACCAUGGCUUGCGUCUUGAUACUCACAUGCCUCCUUGUCGGGAUAUUCAAAUACAGAGCAAGCAAACCAAAGAGGACUGAAAUCCACAAUGGAGGAAUGCUAGGUUACCUUAGCUCGUCUAAUGAAAUUGGAGGUGAACAUGUGGACUUCCCUUUUGUUAGCUUCAGAGAUAUUGCCACUGCAACGGAUAAUUUCUCUGAAUCUAAAAAGAUUGGAAGUGGAGGUUUUGGGAAAGUUUACAAGGGGAUCCUGCAAGGGGAUACUGAAGUUGCUAUCAAAAGACUCAGUAGGGGUUCUGGCCAAGGGAUAGAGGAGUUCAAAAACGAGAUAAUUCUAAUUGCCAAAUUGCAGCACAGAAACCUUGUUAGACUUCUUGGUUGUUGUAUUUCUGGAGAUGAGAGGUUACUUAUCUAUGAAUACUUACCAAACAGAAGUUUGGACGCCUUCCUUUGUGAUGAUACAAGACAAUCUGUGCUUGAUUGGCCCACACGUUUCGAAAUAAUUAAAGGGGUGGCGAGAGGUCUUCUUUACCUCCACCAAGAUUCAAGAUUAACUAUAAUCCACAGAGAUCUCAAACCAAGCAACAUCUUACUGGAUUCAGAAAUGGCUCCCAAAAUAUCAGAUUUUGGUAUGGCAAGGAUCUUUUGUGGAAACAAACAAGAAGCAAAAACUACACGGGUUGUUGGGACAUAUGGUUACAUGUCGCCUGAAUAUGUUAUGGGAGGUGCCUUUUCUGUAAAAUCAGACACUUAUAGCUUCGGUGUUCUUCUAUUGGAGAUUAUAAGUGGCCUGAAGAUCACCUCACCGCAACUGGUAGAGAACUUUGUCGGCCUGACAACUUAUGCGUGGAGACUAUGGGAAGAUGGAAAAGCAACGGAUCUGGUGCACUCUUCGUUUGCUGAGAGUUGUUCACCUCAUGAAGUUCUACGGUGUAUUCAUGUCGGCCUCCUGUGUGUUCAAGACCGUCCGGAUGAUAGGCCACUCAUGUCAUCGGUUACUUUUAUGUUAGAGAAUGAAAAUGCAUUGCUCCCGGCACCAAAGCAGCCUGCAUAUUUUGCUCUACAGAAUUUCGAAGCUGAAAAAUCAAGGGAAAACUCUGUGAAUACAGUGAGUAUCACAACACUAGAGGGGCGUUAAUGUCAUAUAUGUAAAUUUCAGUAUUAGAACUUCAGAAGCCAUUUUGUAUGAUUUACAAAUAUUUUGAAUUUGAUUUCUUCAAUAGGUCAUUGUGUUGUACGCAUAAAGGCUGUGAACAGAGGACUAAUUGUAAUUGAUAAUGUUCUGUUUCGAACAAAGAUAUGAUUUUCCUGCU